UUCAAUAGACAUGGCUCACUUCCAGUUCCUCAGCGUUGCCUCCAGUUUGCUGCUUCUCCUGACUCCCACCUGGGCGGGAUUGAUUAAUUACGCAACUGAUGAGCACGCCGUGGCCCACACCCAACAGAAUGUGGUGAGGAGCUUCGAUGGCACCGUUUCCCACUAUGCCAAGUCGGUGGCCACACCCUAUUCACAGGUUCACAAACAGGACACUCGGAUCAGCAACAAUGUGUAUCAGCCGGCGGUGGCCAAGACCUUCAGCUAUGCCCCAGCACCAGUUCCAGUCUCGAUCCCAGCUCCGGUUUACAGCCAACAUGCUCAGCCAGAGCCAUCACAUUUGUUCACCCAGGCAUCGCCGGUAUACCACCAGUCUGCUCAUGACCAGGCUCCAGCGGUUUACCAACAAGAAGCUCAUGUUCAGGCUCCAGCGGAGUACCACCAGGCUGCUCAUAUCCAAACCCCAUCGGUUUACCAUCAGCCCGCUCAGGUGCAGUCUCCUUCCGUCUAUCACCAAUCUGCCCAUGUGGAGACACCUUCGGUCUAUCAUCAGCCCGCCCACUACAGUCACCAGCCCGCUGUCAUCCAAUACUCCCCGGCUGAGACCGUAUCACACAUGACCUUCGAUGGUUUCGGUACCCACUACGGUUUCUAAGUUUAGUCAAUAACCUUGUGUAUACUUAUUAAAUAAAAUGUUUAACAAAAAUCGUUGAAAGUCA